AUGUGUUCGCCUGACAGCCAACCAGCGGCGGAACGGUGGUCAAAAGACGUGACGUCGCCGAGACCUGAUGUGUGCAAAUCAGCGUCGGCCAGCGUGCCGGGGGACACCAAUCAGCGCGUUCCAACGAACAGCUGCCCGGCCAAUGGCGAGCCUCCACGACUGGGAAGAAGUGACGGCUUAUAUAUGGAGAGGGCAGAAUUCAUUCAACAUCACUUCAGUGAAGAAAGAGUAUAGGAAGACACAGAAUAGAGAAAGAGAGGCGAUUAAGGCAACGUCAAGGCCGUUCAUUCAUUGACAACACUACGAUUAAGGUACGUAUUCGUAUUGUUUUGAAUAUAAUAAUGCAGCGACGUAUUAUAGUGUUUUCUGUUGCGUUUGACGUCAUUUCAACGCAUUUUUGGAUGUGAUUAAGCUAGUUUAGCUAACUUUUGAUCGUAAUGAUGUGUUGAACUGGUGCUUCAGUUGCUUCUAAUGCAUACAGACAAUCACUAAGAUAGCUUAAUGCCACACCAUUUUGCCACCCAGUUUGACACUGGUCCUUAUGGUGAGCUGAGUUACCCUACAAUUCCACUGAGCACACCAACGUGGGUAAGCUAGCUACCGGCGGGUGAAAAAAAAAUCAGUCAGGGGUGUUAACACUGAAAGAAGCGAUCGGGCUCCACCCAGUUUACCCGCUUUCUUUUCAGACGUAGAGAUCAGACAUUUUUGGAUUUCUCUGGCAAAGGCCAAAAGCUUUUCUUACAUAAUGAAUCCAAAUCUUCUGUACAUGACAUCCAGCUGGAGAGCAUUAGCUUUAGCACGGUUAACAAGUAGGGCAUGGAUCACACUUGAGGAACAAGGCCAUAUUUUUUCUCACCAUUUGUUUUCCUUCUACAGAAUUUUUUUUAUAGAUCUGAUCAAAAGAGAAGAAAGAUGAAGCUCCUGUGGGUUGUAAUGCUGGUGGCCGGCACCGUGUUUGCCGAUGACGAUGACAAGAAGGAGAAUGUGGGAACUGUGGUUGGAAUCGACCUGGGGACCACCUACUCAUGGUAAGAGGAAGAGUAACAGCUGUCAGAGUUCCCAUCACAAUAAUAUACCCAUUACAUGUGUUUUAAUGCUGUUUCUUAAAUGUAUGUUUCUACAGUGUUGGAGUAUUCAAGAAUGGCCGCGUGGAGAUCAUCGCCAACGACCAGGGUAACCGCAUCACUCCAUCUUAUGUGGCCUUCACCAGUGAAGGUGAACGUUUGAUUGGUGACGCAGCUAAGAACCAGCUGACCUCUAACCCCGAGAACACCGUCUUUGAUGCCAAGAGAUUGAUUGGUCGUAAUUGGGGAGACCCCUCUGUGCAGCAGGACAUCAAGUACCUGCCGUUUAAGGUAAGCUUCCACGCUUCAAAGAGUUAUUAUUAUUGUAGGACAAAGUUUGAACAUUGUCCAUAGUGUGUGAUAUUAACUUAUGUUUCUCUUUAGGUCACUGAGAAGAAGAGCAAGCCCCAUAUUCAGAUUGAUAUUGGUGGUGGCCAAAUGAAGACAUUUGCUCCUGAGGAGAUCUCAGCCAUGGUGCUGGUAAAGAUGAAGGAGACCGCUGAGGCUUAUUUGGGCAAGAAGGUAUAAAUACACCAAAAGUAUUUGUGAGAGAUUAUCAUUCUACCUAAACCAUGUACCUGUAGUCUAAUUUUCCCAUCUUUUCCUCAGGUUACACAUGCUGUGGUCACCGUCCCUGCCUACUUCAAUGAUGCCCAGCGUCAGGCCACUAAGGAUGCCGGAACCAUUGCUGGGCUCAACGUCAUGAGAAUCAUCAAUGAGCCGUAAGUUUUAGACAGAAAAUAUGUAAAUGUUAAAUUUUGGAAGUUAUAUGUAAGUAUAACUUUCCUUUUACCUUGAAUAACAUAUUUAACUUUAUUUCUCAGAACUGCUGCAGCCAUUGCCUACGGUCUGGACAAGAGGGACGGCGAGAAGAACAUCCUCGUGUUCGAUCUUGGCGGCGGCACCUUCGAUGUCUCCCUGCUGACCAUCGACAACGGCGUGUUCGAGGUGGUGGCCACCAAUGGUGACACUCAUCUGGGAGGUGAAGACUUCGACCAGCGUGUCAUGGAGCACUUCAUCAAGCUGUACAAGAAGAAGACUGGCAAAGAUGUGCGCAAAGACAACCGUGCCGUGCAGAAGCUGCGCCGUGAGGUCGAGAAGGCAAAGAGGGCGCUGUCCGCCCAGCACCAGGCCCGCAUUGAGAUUGAGUCCUUCUUUGAGGGUGAAGACUUCUCCGAGACUCUGACUCGUGCCAAGUUUGAGGAGCUCAACAUGGUAAGUUAUUCAGCAGUCACCAAAGUCGUGUUGAUAAAACAGUAAAGCAACUUAAACUUUUUUUCUUUUUGUAAGCAUUUUGGGACAAGAAUGUUAAUUUCUUUCUUUUGUUUCAGGAUCUGUUCCGUUCUACCAUGAAGCCUGUCCAGAAAGUGCUGGAAGACUCCGACCUGAAGAAGCCUGACAUUGAUGAGAUUGUCCUGGUUGGUGGCUCCACUCGUAUCCCCAAAAUCCAGCAGCUUGUCAAGGAGUUCUUCAAUGGCAAAGAGCCCUCCAGAGGCAUCAACCCUGAUGAGGCCGUGGCUUAUGGAGCUGCAGUGCAGGCUGGAGUGCUUUCUGGAGAGGAAGACACUGGUGAGUUAUCCUUUGGGCUUUUUGUCUGACCCUUUUUUCUUAACAAGCUAUUAUUUUCUUCACUUAAACUCUUCCUCUCUCUUUUAGGUGAUGUGGUUCUUCUGGAUGUGUGUCCUUUGACUCUUGGUAUUGAGACUGUUGGAGGAGUGAUGACCAAACUGAUCCCCAGGAACACUGUUGUGCCCACAAAGAAAUCCCAGAUCUUCUCUACAGCCUCUGACAACCAGCCAACAGUCACCAUCAAGGUUUAUGAAGGUAAGACUGUUUGACAUGAUCUGAUCAGUCAUCUGCAUGUUUUUGUAGACAGACGAGGAGGAAAAAUUGUGUUGCUCAAGUUUAAUUCUUGACUCUUUCUUUAGGUGAGCGUCCUCUGACAAAAGACAACCAUCUGCUGGGCACAUUUGACCUGACUGGCAUCCCUCCUGCCCCUCGUGGUGUACCCCAGAUUGAGGUGACUUUUGAGAUCGACGUCAACGGUAUCCUGCGUGUCACAGCUGAGGACAAAGGCACAGGCAACAAGAACAAGAUCACCAUCACCAACGACCAGAACCGCCUGACACCUGAGGACAUCGAGCGCAUGGUCAACGACGCUGAGCGCUUCGCCGAUGAGGACAAGAAGCUGAAGGAGAGGAUUGACGCCCGCAAUGAGCUGGAGAGCUAUGCCUACUCUCUGAAGAACCAGAUCGGGGACAAGGAAAAGCUCGGCGGCAAGCUGUCAGAUGAAGACAAAGAAAUCAUUGAGAAGGCAGUGGAGGAGAAGAUCGAGUGGAUGGAGUCUCAUCAGGAAGCUGAGCUGGAAGACUUCCAGGCCAAGAAGAAAGAGCUGGAGGAGGUGGUUCAACCAAUCAUCAGCAAGCUUUACGGUAGUGCGGGAGGACCACCACCAGAGGGAGCUGAAAGCGAGCAAGACGAGAAGGAUGAGUUGUAG